AUGGUCAACAUCGUCUCUGUUUCGGGUAAGAAGUAUCAAGUUGACGUUGGCUUUGGCUUGAACGGUCCAACGCAACCAAUAUUGCUGGAGGAAGGAUGGGAGACAACAAGCAUCAGUCCCUCUGGCGUACGUCUCGUUCGAGACUUCAUCCCUGACUUCAGAGACAAGAACGAAGACCAAGACAAGUUAUGGAUCUUCCAACAUCGAGCGGCACCAUCGGAGGGCUGGCAGCCUAUAUACGCCUUCACAGAAAUCGAGUUUAUUCCCCAGGAUUAUGAGAUAUCGAACUUUUUCACAAGUACAUCUCGCACAAGUUUCUUCACGAGCGCCAUUGUCGUGGUCAAAUAUUUGCUGGAUAACCUUGGAAAAGGCCAAUUGAUCGGCUCAAUGAGUCUUAUGAACGGAUUUGCUAAAAGAAGAAUGCGGGGGAAUACUAAACUGUUGACGGAAUGCAAGACUGAGGAGGAGAGAAUCAGGGCUUUGAGGGAUUACUUCGGCAUCGAAAUCAAAGAAGAUGAAAAGCAAGGUAUCAAAGGCCUAGUCACCGAAUUGAAAGGGAAAUGA